CCAGUCCCUCACUGGUAUCCUGUGUUCCCAGCAAGUCUACUGGCCACCAAGAGCAGCCCACUGCAGGCCUGGUAACAGGACUUUCCUCACAUCAUUUUGAGAUCCACUGUUGCCCAGGAGCCUGAGAGGUGACAGACGUGUUUUAGGGGCCACAAUGCAGGGGAAGGUGAAGGAGCAGACACUUUAAGGGAAGGGGUUUAGGACCAACACUGCAACCUAGUGUUUUGGUAUGUUUAUGCAUAUAGUUCAAAAGGGCAGUGAGGCUCCUGACCACAUGAAGUAAGCAGAUUUAAUUCAUGGGAAAAUGUUUCUCCACACCUCAUAGAAACAUUACAGAAGGAGAACUGAAGGAAUUGCCAUGGAAAUUCAAAGAACUGAAUGAAUGAUUAUACGUUAAGUUUGCAUGUUGUGCUACAGGUAUCUGUUGUAAGGCUAUCAGAGAAUAACAAAUGCUGAAUUGAGAACAAUAGUUUUAUUUCAUGUCUUUUUGAAAGAUUAACUGUUGCUUUUUGUAAAUAUGCAAAGAUCUGUAGGAGUGGAAAUGCAAAGCACAGCAUUCAUGCCAUUAACAUGCUAAUUCAUCUGGAGGGAAUUGAAAAAGUAGUUUCACCUAUUUUAUUUGCGUGUCCCUGCUAGUCUGUUACAGAACCUGUUAAGCUACCAUGCUGUGGCAUAGUUAACAACCCUGAGGGGAACAUCAACCUUAGGGAUCGUGGGAUGUCCCACCAUGUACAGCAUGAGACUAGCAUAGGUCAAGGGUAGGAUGACAGGCACUGCAAUCUUCCUGUUUGUGAAACACAGACAAGGAUGAUAAACUAGCAGGGCAGAUUUAAGCAUUAAGUGGGAGGUGGAGGGAGGCGUGGGAGUGCUGUGUUCCGCAUGUACAUUCUGCUGGGAGAAUGUUGUACUGGGCAGCUUGGGAGUGCUGUGUGCUGUGCCUGGCUAAGGAGAUGUUUGGCUUUGUGGAUGAAAGCAGUCAUGCUGGUUUGGUGAAGCAACUCAGAGCUGAGGCAUGUGCCAUGGAUUAUGUGUGAGUGCUGCAGCUUGUGCUACGUUCCCAUGGGUUGGUUAAUGUGCCUGCCUCUAUGGCCUGUGUGCUCUGUGUAGCGUAAUCAGAGAGCUGGUGUGGAUCCAGCUUUGCUGUACUUCAUCAACAACUAUCAGGAAAGAAAGUAUUGUUUCCUCUGAAUUCUCUUCAAUUCUGCACAACAACUCAAAAUUAAUACCUUUAAUUAUUUGGGAGAAUGGAUUGUUUGAUUAGAAAGCUGAGGAAAGCUUUAUGAUUUGAGAAUUAAAUGUCGCAAAGAACCAUAUGUGUGCAAUUAUCUCUUAAACUUUAGCUAUUCUAUAACUUCAAGUAAUUUCAUUGUGUUUUCAGCCUUUAUGCCACUGUGGUCUUUCAUCAUUGUUACUCAUGUCCCAGAAAAGUGAGUCCAACAUAUUUUGGGAGAUAUGAUAGAAAAUAACGAGCAGUUAUAAAAAACAGGUUAGCAAACCAGUGGAAUUCUCAUGCAUGAGAGCUAAUAAGUGACUUUUUCAAUAAACUAACUGUAGGAUGUAAAGUAAAAAAGGAGCUUCCAUGCUUCUUAGCAUGAGUCACAAGAGAAAUGAACUCAGCAGAAAAAUGUCAUGUUUCAGUGGUGUGUCCAACAUAUCUCAAAGGGUACAGGAACAUAAAAGAAUCUGUAAUAAUAUAUCUGUCUUUUCCCAAAGAACUAACGUUAGUACUGGUUCCAAAGUAAAUGGAAUUCUGACAUGGUUAGUGUCAAACAGUUUCAAAACCUGCAAGAAAAGACAUUGAUACAUAAAACCCAUUUUCUAAUUUAAGACACAUUAGAGGAAGGGAAAUUUUGAAUGGGAUGGAAACUGAUACUAUGUUGAAAUAUCUGGGUAAUGUGUGUUGCCUUUUCAUGGAAACCUGACGAAUUCAUUGCACUUAUUACCUGGAAAUAGAAGAAUGUGAGCAGCAGUAAAAACCAAGGUAAAAGGAACCACAUUACUUUCAGAUAAAUUUCAAGAGCUUCAGAGCUUCCCACUCUUCAAAGGCUUUCUGCAAUAAAAACUUCCAGCAGAAGAGCAUAUGUGGAAUAACAAAGCUUAAUAAAAAAACAGCUAAAUGAAAAGGAAGGUGACAGCCAGGAAUCAUAAAUCAAAGAAAGAAAUGCUGUGAUCAGGAUGCAGCUUUCUGAGGUGCUUAGAAAUAGAAAGAUGCUUUUGAAAACCGUGCUGGACUGAAGACCUAGACUGAGAUUCCCAGACUCUAAUAAAAAUACGGCAUACCAAAGCGCUGGCUAAAUGAUGCCUAAGCAGUCAAACACAUUGUCCUGGCCAGUACUGGAAUCUGUUGCUACUGUGACUUUGCUACCUCUACCAGCAGUGGCUACAGUUAUAGUGAGCAAGAGGCAUAUAAGAACUGCUGAUCCGGAUGAUUUUACUUCAUCUGAAAACUGAGACAUUAUUUGAUAAUCAGAUGAAUGCUUCAAAAAAGGAAGACUCAGAAAGCAUUAAUAAAAAUGACACUUCAAAGAAGAUGUCUGUUGAGAGAGUUUAUCAGAAAAAGACUCAGCUUGAGCACAUCCUCCUCCGUCCAGAUACCUACAUUGGGUCAGUUGAACCCUUAACUCAGUUAAUGUGGGUUUAUGAUGAAGAUGUAGGAAUGAACUGCAGAGAAGUUACCUUUGUUCCAGGCUUGUACAAGAUAUUUGAUGAAAUUCUUGUAAAUGCUGCUGACAAUAAGCAGAGGGACAAGAAUAUGACUUGUAUUAAAAUAUCCAUUGAUCCGGAAUCGAACAUUAUCAGCAUAUGGAAUAAUGGAAAGGGGAUACCAGUUGUGGAACACAAAGUAGAAAAAGUAUACGUACCUGCUUUAAUCUUUGGGCAGCUGCUAACAUCCAGCAAUUAUGAUGAUGAUGAGAAAAAAGUUACAGGUGGACGCAAUGGCUAUGGUGCAAAACUUUGUAACAUUUUUAGUACAAAGUUUACAGUUGAAACUGCUUGCAAAGAGUACAAACACAGCUUUAAGCAGACUUGGAUGAACAACAUGAUGAAGACCUCUGAGCCCAAGAUUAAACAUUUCGAAGGUGAUGACUACACAUGCAUUACAUUCCAGCCAGAUCUGUCUAAAUUUAAAAUGGAAAAGCUUGAUAAGGAUAUUGUGGCCCUCAUGACAAGACGAGCCUACGAUUUGGCUGGGUCAUGCAAAGGAGUCAAAGUCAUGUUGAAUGGGAAGAAACUACCUGUAAAUGGAUUUCGCAGCUACGUAGAUCUUUACGUUAAGGACAAGCUGGAUGAAACCGGAGUCGCACUCAAAGUCAUCCACGAAGUGGUGAAUGAACGAUGGGAUGUGUGCCUCACUCUGAGUGAAAAAGGGUUCCAGCAGAUCAGCUUUGUAAAUAGUAUAGCUACCACAAAGGGUGGUAGGCAUGUUGAUUAUGUGGUGGAUCAGGUUGUGGGCAAACUGAUAGAAGUGGUGAAAAAGAAGAAUAAAGCUGGAGUCUCAGUCAAACCAUUUCAGGUGAAGAACCAUAUAUGGGUUUUUGUUAAUUGCUUGAUUGAAAACCCAUCAUUUGAUUCCCAGACAAAGGAAAACAUGACAUUGCAGCCUAAAAGUUUUGGGUCCAAGUGCCAGCUAUCUGAGAAAUUUUUUAAAGCAGCCUCUAACUGUGGUAUCAUAGAGAGUAUUUUGAAUUGGGUCAAAUUUAAGGCACAAACUCAACUGAACAAAAAAUGUUCAUCAGUGAAACACAGUAAAAUCAAGGGCAUUCCAAAACUGGAUGAUGCUAAUGAUGCUGGUGGCAAACAUUCCUUGGACUGCACGUUGAUAUUAACAGAAGGAGACUCAGCCAAAUCUUUAGCUGUCUCUGGCCUAGGUGUUAUUGGUAGAGACAGAUAUGGAGUCUUCCCACUCAGGGGCAAAAUUCUCAAUGUCCGAGAAGCUUCUCACAAACAGAUUAUGGAAAAUGCAGAAAUCAACAACAUCAUCAAAAUAGUUGGAUUACAAUACAAGAAAAGCUAUGAAGAUCCAGAAUCUCUGAAAAGUUUGAGAUAUGGAAAAAUCAUGAUCAUGACAGAUCAGGAUCAGGAUGGAUCUCACAUAAAGGGCUUGUUGAUCAAUUUUAUUCAUCACAAUUGGCCAUCACUGUUGAAACAUGGUUUUCUUGAGGAAUUCAUCACUCCUAUUGUGAAGGCAAGCAAAAAUAAGCAAGAACUUUCAUUCUAUAGUAUUCCUGAAUUUGAUGAGUGGAAAAAGCAUAUGGAAAAUCAUAAAGCAUGGAAGAUAAAAUACUACAAAGGAUUGGGUACCAGCACUGCUAAAGAAGCAAAAGAAUAUUUUGCUGACAUGGAAAGACAUCGGAUCUUGUUUCGAUAUGCUGGGCCUGAGGAUGAUGCUGCCAUUACACUGGCCUUCAGUAAGAAGAAGAUUGAUGACCGAAAAGAAUGGUUAACAAAUUUCAUGGAAGACAGGCGACAGCGUCGACUACAUGGCCUUCCUGAGCAAUUUUUAUAUGGUACAGCAACAAAACAUUUGACUUACAAUGAUUUCAUUAACAAGGAGUUGAUCCUUUUCUCAAAUUCAGACAAUGAGAGAUCUAUCCCUUCCCUUGUUGAUGGUCUGAAACCAGGGCAACGCAAGGUUCUGUUCACUUGCUUUAAGAGAAAUGAUAAACGUGAAGUAAAGGUUGCUCAGCUGGCUGGUUCUGUGGCUGAAAUGUCAGCUUAUCACCAUGGGGAGCAAGCAUUAAUGAUGACCAUUGUCAACUUGGCUCAGAACUUUGUUGGAAGUAACAAUGUGAAUCUGCUACAACCUAUUGGUCAGUUUGGCACCAGGCUUCAUGGUGGAAAGGAUGCUGCCAGCCCUCGCUAUAUUUUCACCAUGUUAAGCCCUUUAGCAAGGCUACUUUUUCCAUCAAUGGAUGACAACUUGCUUAAAUUCUUGUAUGAUGACAACCAGCGUGUAGAGCCUGAAUGGUACAUUCCCAUCAUUCCCAUGGUCUUAGUAAAUGGAGCUGAAGGAAUUGGUACUGGCUGGGCGUGCAAACUUCCAAACUAUGAUACCAGAGAGAUUGUAAACAAUGUCAGACGAAUGCUGGAUGGCCUAGAUCCCCACCCAAUGCUUCCAAACUACAAAAAUUUCAAAGGAACCAUUCAGGAACUUGGUCAAAAUCAGUAUGUAGUGAGUGGUGAAAUAUUUGUGGUGGACAGGAACACAGUAGAAAUUACAGAGCUCCCUGUAAGGACAUGGACCCAGGUGUACAAAGAACAGGUUCUAGAACCUAUGUUGAAUGGGACUGAAAAAACUCCAGCAUUGAUUUCUGACUAUAAGGAAUACCACACUGAUACAACUGUGAAAUUUGUUGUGAAGAUGACAGAAGAAAAGCUUGCACAGGCAGAAGCUGCCGGAUUGCACAAAGUCUUUAAGCUUCAAACAAGUCUUACUUGUAAUUCUAUGGUGCUGUUUGAUCACAUGGGGUGCUUGAAGAAGUAUGAAACCGUGCAGGACAUCUUGAAGGAGUUCUUUGAUCUGCGGUUACAUUAUUACAGCCUGCGCAAGGAGUGGCUGGUGGGAAUGCUGGGUGCAGAGUCCACCAAGCUGAACAACCAAGCUCGUUUCAUCCUGGAGAAGAUACAAGGAAAAAUUAGCAUUGAGAACAGAUCAAAAAGAGAUUUGAUUCAGAUGUUGGUCCAGAGAGGUUAUGAAUCUAAUCCAGUAAGAGCCUGGAAAGAAGCACAGGAGAAGGCAGCAGAAGAGGAAGACUCUCAGAAUGCAAAUGAUGAUGCUUCCUCUUCUUCUGGUGCAACCUCUGGCCCUGACUUCAACUACAUUUUGAACAUGUCCCUGUGGUCACUCACAAAAGAGAAGGUGGAAGAGUUGAUUAAGGAGAGAGAUUCCAAGGAGAGAGAACUAAAUGAUCUUAAAAGGAAAUCUCCUUCAGACCUCUGGAAAGAAGAUCUAGCAGCCUUUGUUGAAGAGCUUGAAAAAGUAGAAGCACAGGAAAGGGAAGAUAUUCUGACUGGCAUGGUUGGCAAACCAAUAAAAGGCAAAGUUGGUAAACCCAAGGUGAAGAAACUCCAGCUGGAAGAGACCAUGCCAUCACCAUUUGGCAGAAGAAUAGUUCCACAGAUUACAUCUGCCAUGAAAGCUGAUGCCAGCAGGAAAUUGCUGAAAAAGAAAAAGGGUGAAACUGAUUCUCUAGCAAUAAAAAUGGAAUUUGAUGAAGAGUUUGGUAGUGUGCCAGCUGAGGGUGGUGGGGAUGACUCACUGAAUGCAUCAGCUGCAGCAGCUAAAACCCCUAAACCCAAGAGAGAGAAGAAGGAGCCUGGUGCCAGGGUAAGAAGGACUCCAUCAUCUACAAAAUCCAGUGCAAAAAAAGUGAAGAAACGAAACCCAUGGUCAGAUGAUGAAUCCAAGUCUGAAAGUGAUUUAGAAGAAAAUGAGCCUGUGAUUAUUCCAAGAGACUCUCUGCUUAGGAGAGCUGCAGCUGAGAGGCCCAAGUACACUUUUGACUUCUCAGAAGAAGAAGAUGAUGCUGACGACGAUGAUGAUGCCAACAAUAACAACGAUUUGGAUGAGCUCAAAGUAAAAGCCUCUCCAGUUGCAAAUGACAGAGAGGAUGAGUUUGUUCCCUCAGACAGUUUAGAAAAAGAUGAGUAUGACUUCUCCCCAGCCAAAUCAAAGCCAUCUCCAGAUAGAAAAACAUCUCAAGCCAAGAAGAAUCAAGAUUUUGGGAACAUCUUCUCUUUUCCAUCUUACUCUCAGAAGACAGAUGAUGAUACAACAAAAUUGGACAGUGAUGAUGAGGAUUCUGCUCCUGUUUUCUCAUCAUCUUUUGCCCCAAAACAGACAGAGAAAAUUCCAAGUAAAACAGUAGCUGCUAAAAAGGCAAAACUAGAUGCGCCCCCUAAGCCUAAAAGAGCUCCUAAGGCCAAGAAGGUGGAAACUGUGAACUCUGAUUCAGAUUCAGAAUUCGGCAUUCCAAAGAAGACGGCAGCACCCAAAGGAAAAGGCAGAGGGGCAAAGAAAAGGAAAGCAUCUGGUUCAGAAAAUGAAGGUGAAUACAACCCUGGGAAGAAAACACCCAAAUCCACACCAAGCAAGAAAUCCAAGAAGACAGCUUUUGACCAGGAUUCUGAUGUGGAAAUCUUCCAGUCAGGCUUUGCCUCCGAAACUGCCCCAAAGCCGCGGACAGGCCGGGCUAGAAAAGAAGUGAAAUAUUUUGCAGAGUCUGAUGAAGAUGAUGAUUUUGAUAUGUUUAAUUAAGUGCCCAAAGAGCACAAAAAUGUUUUCCAACAAGUAUCUUGUGUUGUCCUUUUGUCCCCUCUGUCGCAAACUUUUGUACAUUUGACUUAUUUUAUGUGAUAAUGUAAUUGAUGGUUUUUAUUAUUGUGUGUAGGCAUUUUAACAUUUUGUUCUUACACCUACAGUUUUAUGCUCUUUUUUACUCAUUGAAAUGUCAUGUAUUUGUCUGGCUUGUAGAGAUGUUCUAGACAGCUGUGCUAAAGCACAUUUUAAUUGUCAUGGUUGCAAACAGCAAACCUGCUUUUUGAAAUGAAGUUUAAACAUUAAAAAAUGGAAAACUA